AUGGCACAACAGCAGCAGCUGAGUCACAAAGAUGCGGCUCUGUUCAGGCAGAUUGUGCGCCACUUCGAGAACAAGCAGUACAAGAAAGGCAAGUUUCGCCUGAAAGCUGCAGAGCAGGUAUUGCGAAAGAAUCCGAAUCAUGCCGAUACUCAGGCCAUGAAAGCCCUUAUCAUUAGCAACCAGGGGCAACAGAAGGAGGCAUUUGCGCUGGCGAAGACGGCUCUGAACAACAACAUGAAAUCACACGUUUGCUGGCACGUUUACGGGUUACUCUACCGCGCAGAGAAGAACUUCGACGAAUCAAUCAAAGCCUACAAGUUCGCUUUAAGACUGGAUCCCGAAUCGGCACCUAUACAACGAGACCUAGCCCACUUGCAGAUUCAGAUGCGUGAUUUCCAAGGCUACAUUCAAAGUCGAAGAAACAUGUUACAGCAGAAGCCCGUGUUCCGUCAGAAUUGGACCGCAUUGGCUGUUGCGCAUCAUCUAGCAGGGAACUUGGAGGACGCCGAGAACGUGUUAACGACUUAUGAGGAUACACUCAAACAGAAACCAACCAGAGCAGACAUGGAACAUUGGGAGGCUAUCCUGUAUAAGAACUAUAUCAUAGCCGAAAGUGGAGAUUACGAAAAGGCUCUUGAGCACCUUGAUGCAGUCGGAAAGAAAAGCCCGGAUGUCCUAGGCGUCAUGGAAAUGAGAGCGGACUACUUACUGAAGCUUGGGAGGAAGGCCGAUGCCGCCGAUGCCUAUGCUGCUCUGCUUGACCGAAACCCGGAUGAUUCGGCAUACUACGACAGGCUGAUAUCGGCGAAGGGUUUUGCGGCGGGAGAUGAAGCAGCGAUGAAGGAGAUCUAUAAGAUAUGGUCCACAAAGUUUCCCAGAUCCGAUGUCCCUCAGAGGAGGCCACUGGACUUUCUCAGCGGAGAUGCAUUUCGAGAUGCAGCCGAUUCAUAUCUUCAACGUAUGCUCCGUAAAGGAGUUCCAUCAACCUUUGCCAAUAUUAAACAUCUUUACUUGGACCGAUCCAAGCUUGAAAUCAUUCAGGAUUUGGUAGAGCGAUACCUUAAGGAAGACGUGCAACCACAGAUGAAUGGAUCUGCGGAAUCAUCCCCCGACGAUGAGGCGUCGCGGUUUCACUGCUCAGCGCUGUAUUUCCUCGCUCAACAUCACAACUUCCACAUGAGUCGAGAUCUCUCAAAAGCACUGAAGUACAUUGAUGAGGCAUUACAGAUCGAUCAGAAGUCAGUCGAUUUUCACCAAACCAAAGCGAGAACAUUGAAAUAUCUUGGCGCAAUACCAGAGGCAAUGGAAAUAGUGGAAAAGGCAAGAUCAUUGGAUGAAAGGGACAGGGCCAUCAACACGAAAUGCGCCAAAUACCAGCUGCGGAACGACCAAAAUGAGAAGGCGCUUGAUACGAUGAGCAAAUUCACAAGGAACGAGACUGCUGGAGGACCGCUGGGAGAUCUACACGAUAUGCAAUGCAUCUGGUACUUGACAGAGGAUGGACAAUCCUACCUCCGUCAGCGAAGGCUUGGUCUUGCUCUAAAGCGAUUUCAUGCGGCGUUCAACGUUUUCGACAUCUGGCAGGAGGAUCAGUUUGACUUUCACAAUUUCUCACUAAGGAAGGGCAUGAUCCGGGCAUACAUAGACAUGUUAAGAUGGGAGGACCGUUUGAGGGAUCACCCGUUCUAUACUAAGGUUGCUGUUUCUGCUGUUUCUGCUUAUAUCUUGCUGCAUGAUAGUCCUGAUUUGGUGCAUGGGCCAAUACCAAACGGUGUUAAUGGAGUUGGCCAAGACGCUCAAGCAAAUGCGGCAGAGAGGAAGAAAGCGGUGAAGAAAGCCAAGAAAGAACAACAAAAGCUGGAGAAGGUAGAAGCCGACAAGAAGGAAGCCCUGAGGACGAGCAAGAGUGCUGCAAAAGCCACGGAUGGCGAGGUCCAAAAGGAUGAUCCAGAUCCAUUUGGCAAGGCCUUGGUGGAGACAAAGGAGCCACUGCAAGACGCCAUGAAGUUCUUGACCCCGCUGCUCGAUCUCAAUCCGGGAAGCAUUAAUGCACAAUGCGUGGGGUUCGAGGUUUACAUUCGCCGCCGAAAAUAUCUUCUUGCGUUGAAGUGCCUUCUUGCCCUCCAUGCCAUCGAUCCCCAAAAUCCAACACUUCAUGUUCAGUCAUAUAACCUCAGAAAGAUACUCAACGAUGCAAAUGGUGCUUCAUCAAAGCUUGCACAGAUCAUUUCUACCGAAGGAAAGACGUUAUUGCCCGAGGAUAACAAGCUGGUCGAAUGGAACAACAACUUUCUAAAUCAUCAUAGAUCGAGUACCUCUCAUAUUCAAGCCGGACUUCGUGUGCGUGCCUUAAUCGGCAAGGAAGCGAAGGCAACAAAUGAGAAGGAUCUUUUGGAAGCUUUGUUACUCGACACGACCUCGAUGGAGGAGGCUAGUACCGGACUUGAGCUGCUAAAUGAAUGGGGCAGCUCUAAGGAAGUCAAGGAGAGGUACAGGAGCAGUGCCGCUGAGCGAUGGAGCAGGGCGUCAAUCUUCCAGGCCAAGCAGAUAGAGACACAAUAG